GCGGGGUUAGUACAGCCCGGUCGCUCUUUGGCGCCUGGUUCGAAGAGACUCUUCGAUUUGGGCCGGCUCGGCGCAUGACGGUGGCUCGAGAGGGUCAAGGAGAUCUGGGAGAUGGCUGGGACAAUCCAAGAAAAGGCGCAAAUGACAUUUCCAUUUCCGUAUAUACCAUAUUCUAUUCAAAAAGAGUUUAUGGCUAAACUUUAUCAGGUUUUGGAAAUGGGAAAGAUUGGCAUAUUUGAGAGUCCGACUGGCACCGGAAAAUCUUUGAGUCUUAUUUGUGGCGCUCUCUCAUGGCUUCGAGACUUUGAAGAGAAAAAAAGGCAGGAGGAGGCCCGGCUCCUGGCAACUGAAAUGAACGGGAAGGAUGGGAAAGAGCAGCUUGAGAAGGCCAGCACAGAGCCUGGAGAGCCAGACUGGAUAACACAGUUUGUGCAGAAGAAAGAAGAGCGGGAAGCAGUUCAGAGGCUGAAGGAGGAACAGAUCAGAAGGAAGAAGCGAGAGGAGCGCCUUGAGCAAAUUCGCCACAAUGUGCAGCUGAGAUAUGCAUCUAAAAGAAAGAGGCUCGAAGAGGAGGAGGUGGAGCAUCUACUCCAGCUCAGCAAGGAUGUUUUGUCCUGUCCGGACAAGUUGGAUUCUUUGGGGUCUCUGGAUCCAAGCGAGGAAGAUCUGAUCCUUGGAGAGUAUGAGAGUGAUGAGGAGAAGAAUGCGGGAAGUAGGUUAAAGGAAGAAGAUGAAGAUGAAGAUGUGGAAGAGGAACAUGUAACGAAGAUUUACUACUGCAGCCGAACGCAUUCCCAGCUGGCCCAGUUUGUGCAUGAGGUUCAGAAGAGCCCUUUUGGCCAGGAGACGCGGCUGGUGUCCUUGGGGUCCAGGCAGAACCUGUGUGUAAAUGAGGACGUCCGGCGCCUGGGAGCUGUCCAGCUCUUAAACGAUCGCUGUCUGGAGAUGCAGAAGAAUAAGCAUGAGAAGAAGAACUCUGGAGUGGAGACAGAAGGGAAGAAGAGGCGCGUCAGCCGAGCAACAUGUCCGUAUUACUCCUAUGAGCAAAUGCAGUUUCUUCGGGAUGAGGUUCUGGCCCAGGUGAAGGAUAUAGAGCAGCUGGUGACAGUGGCGAAAGAAAUGAAGGCUUGCCCCUAUUACGGAAGCCGGCACGCGAUCCCCGCUGCUCAGCUGGUGGUGCUCCCUUACCAAAUGCUUCUGCAUGAAGCCACCAGAAUCGCCUCUGGGAUCAAGCUGAAGGAUCAGGUGGUGAUCAUUGAUGAAGCCCACAAUCUGAUUGAUACCAUCACCGGCAUCUACAGUGCCCAGGUUAGCGGGUCUCAGCUCUGCUGUGCCCAUUCCCAGCUGUUGCAAUACAUGGAGCGGUACAGGAAUCGCCUGAAAGCAAAGAAUCUGAUGUACAUUAAACAGAUUCUGUUUUUGUUGGAGAGGUUUGUGGCUGUUCUUGGAGGAAACGUCAACCAAAACCCAAAUACACAGAAUGUUCCACAAAUGGGGGUGCAGCUGAAAUCCAUCAAUGACUUCCUGUUCCAGUGCCAGAUUGACAACAUCAACCUCUUCAAGGUUCAGCGUUAUUGUGAGAAAAGCCUCAUUGGCAGGAAGCUGUUUGGAUUUGUGGAGCGAUAUGGUGCAUCGGGGGCUUUGAAAACAAGGAAAGAAGACACGAAAAUGGCUGGCUUGCAGAAUUUCCUGCAAAUCUUGAGCAAGAGGCAAGGGAAGGAGGGCAGUCCACAGAGUUCCCCUGAAGUUGCUGAAGAUGACCAGCCCAGGAUGGCAUCUCCUCUGAUGCAGAUUGAGGGGUUCUUAGCUGCGCUUACAAAUGCAAACCAAGAUGGAAGGGUCAUCUUCACCAGGCAAGGCACUUUGGCUCAAAGCAGCCUCAAGUUUCUUCUGCUGAAUCCGGCGGUGUACUUUGCCAAGGUGCUCCAGGAGUGUCGGGCUGUGAUCAUUGCAGGGGGCACCAUGCAUCCGGUGGCCGAUUUCCGGGAACAGCUGCUCUUGUGUGCAGGUGUCGGCACAGACAGGAUCGAGGAGUUCUCCUGUGGUCAUGUGAUUCCUCCAGAGAACAUUUUACCCAUUAUCCUCUGCAGUGGCCCAUCCAGUCAGCAGCUGGAAUUCACCUAUGAGAAAAGAGGGCUGCCUCAAAUGAUGGACGAGACGGGACGGAUUCUUUGCAACCUGUGCAACAUUGUCCCUGGGGGAGUGGUGUGCUUCUUCCCCUCCUAUGAAUAUGAGAAGCAGGUGUACAUGCACUGGGAGAAAACAGGGCUGCUCACCCAACUGGCUGCGAAGAAGAAGAUAUUUCAGGAGCCAAAGAGAGCUAACCAAGUGGAGCAGGUGCUGGGCGAAUACGCCAAGUGGAUCAAGCGCUGCAGCCACACAGGAGGUCCCACAACGGGAGCAGUGCUGUUUUCCGUAGUUGGUGGGAAGAUGAGCGAAGGAAUCAAUUUUUCCGAUGACCUGGGAAGGUGUGUGAUUAUGGUGGGCAUGCCUUACCCCAACAUCAAAUCUCCAGAACUUCAGGAGAAAAUGGCUUACCUUGACAGGACAAUGCCAAAAACAGCAGACCAAGCCCCAGCCAGGCAGCUCAUUGAGAACUUGUGCAUGAAAGCCGUCAACCAGUCCAUAGGAAGAGCAAUCCGGCAUCAAAAGGACUUUGCCAGCAUUGUGCUCUUAGAUCACAGGUAUGCCCGUCAAGCUAUUUUCAACAAGCUUCCGCAGUGGAUCAAAAGCAGAACCCAGGUCAAGCCUGGUUUUGGGCCAGCUUUUGCAGCACUCAGAAAGUUCCACUUGGAGAAGAAAUCGAGUAGUGAGUCCAUAACUUCAUGAUGGACAGAUGCAAGCUCUCCUGUCCCUCUUUUGGAAAUAAAUGCCUUCAGCAAGGAUGACUGUGCUACAUUUUUCUUUUGUUGCUUAAUGAAAAUACUGUGUAUGGAUUUCUUCUUCGACUAAGUAAAGUACUUUUCAAAAGCU